ACAAGUAACUUCGUUUCCCUAUGGUGAGAACUCUGCAUUGAAAAUUCAGGAGAUGUUCCAUUUGACAAACCAAUUUGGGUAUUUAGAUCUUAGCUAUUGAAGCUGCACGAGCAAUACCUUAUAAGUGAUGAGAAUUGAGAUAUGAUUUUCUUUCUUUUUCUCUUUAUUUUUGUAGUGAGUUUGUUCUUGUUUCCUAUUGGAAAGAUGAGUUGUUUGCACAUUCUUUUGUUCGUUUCUUUUCUCUUUUUGAUGUGGGAUUUUGAGUUUCACGUGUCAAGUUUUGUUUUUCAGGGUUCAAGGAAAGUCUUUGAUUUUGGAGAUUGUUUUUUAAAGCUAUCUCUACCUCACUCGUUCAGCCUCUCACCGCUAUAAGUAUCAACCCAAUUGCAGUCUUGCCUGUCUGUCCGAGCGCUAAAACCCUCACUCAGAAAUAUCUGACUCAUCAGAUAGGAACCAAUGGCUCUAUGGAGAGCUCGUGCAGCUUCAUCACCUCUCUUGAAGAGGCUUUUGCAACCUGCUUCUUUCCCUUCUAUCAACAACGCUUUUUGCAGUUUCUCCACUGAUGUAGCUCAUACUUCAUUGCGGGACAAGAUGACGAAACAAAUGGUUCACCUUGAUAUCAAUUUACAAGUAGGGACUUGCAUGCCUCUGGCUUCUAUGCGUAUAGGAACAUUAAUCCACAACGUUGAGAUGAACCCAGGUCAAGGUGGAAAAUUGGUUCGAGCUGCAGGAACUUGUGCCAAGAUCUUGAAAGAGCCGACAUCAAAAUACUGUUUGGUGAAACUGCCUUCAGGAGCAGAAAAAUUGAUUGAUUCUCGGUGCCGGGCCACAAUUGGCAGAGUCUCAAACCCUAGCCAUAAUACUCGAACACUUAAAAAGGCUGGGCAGAGCAGAUGGUUGGGUCGAAGACCAGUGGUUCGAGGGGUGGCAAUGAAUCCAGUUGAUCAUCCUCAUGGUGGAGGUGAGGGUCGCAGCAAAAGUAGUGGCUCCUUUGGAAGGGUGUCACAAACACCAUGGGGCAAGCCAACUAAAUGUGGCAGGAAUCAAGAACGCAAGCGCAAAGGCAAAUUUAAAUGAUCUUUUUUGUUUGGUUCCUAGAUUUUGACAGGUGUCUUUAAUACAGUUAUAUGUAUGUAGCACCUGUGGUUUCGCAUCAAGAAAAUUUUCAGCUUUAUUUCAUUAGGUGAGGGCUAUCAUUUUACAUUUGGUAUGCAGAUGCUCUUGAAAUUUCAAUAGGAGAAUCACUUGGGCAAAGUAAAAAAGAAUUGUUUCUCAAUGGAUGUUUGCGUAUAUUUGUAUGAAUCUUUGGUUAUUUUAGCGAGCUAUUAUCUUCACAA